AGCACCACACCAGGCAAAUCCCAAUUCCGAAGCCGAGCUCCGAACUCAACUGGGAAAUUUUUUGGAAUAGUACGAAGAGCACAGAUUCUUUCGCCCACGACGGGCUGAGUUGAUUUCCGACGAUGAAGCGAUUUUUUCAGCCAAUACAGAAGGAAGGAUCAUGCAAGAAACCUUCCCUUUCUUCUUCUCCAGGAACAGCAGAAGAUCAACAAGAUGGGAAGAGUAGCGACAAAGCGGAGGAUAAGAAAGAACCAGUGAAGUUCUUGACCUGGAAUGCAAAUAGUUUGCUUCUUCGUGUUAAAAAUAACUGGCCCGAGUUCACUAAAUUCGUCCAAAGCUUUGAUCCCGACGUCAUUGCUGUACAGGAAGUAAGGAUGCCUGCUUCUGGCUCCAAGGGUGCCCCUAAAAAUCCUGGAGAGUUGAAAGAUGAUACAAGUGCUUCACGUGAGGAAAAACAGAUAUUGAUUCGUGCACUUUCAACUCCGCCAUUUGGAAAUUAUCGUGUUUGGUGGUCUCUUGCAGAUUCAAAGUAUGCGGGAACUGCUUUGUUUGUAAAGAAGUGCUGCCAACCAAAAAAGGUCCAUUUCUCUCUUGACCGAUCAGCUAAGCAUGAGCCAGAUGGCCGGGUAAUAUUGGCUGAAUUCGAAUCAUUCCGUUUAUUGAAUACAUAUGCACCAAACAAUGGUUGGAAAGAGGAAGAAACCUCAUUCCAAAGGAGAAGAAAAUGGGACAAAAGAAUUCUGGAGUUUGUUGUGCAGUCUUCAGACAAGCCUUUGAUUUGGUGUGGGGACCUGAAUGUUAGCCAUCAAGAGAUUGAUGUGAGUCAUCCAGAUUUCUUCAGCAGUGCAAAGCUAAAUGGAUACAUUCCUCCAAAUAAAGAGGACUGUGGACAGCCUGGGUUUACCUUAGCUGAAAGGAAGCGUUUCAGUUCCAUAUUAUCUGAGGGAAAACUCAUAGAUGCAUACAGAUUCUUACAUAAGGAAAAGGAUAUGGAGUGUGGCUUUUCAUGGUCUGGAAAUCCAAUUGGAAAAUACCGAGGGAAAAGAAUGAGAAUAGACUAUUUCAUUGUUUCUGAGAAACUCAAGGAAAGGAUUGUUACUUGUGAGAUGCAUGGAAAAGGCAUUGAAUUACAAGGAUUUUUUGGAAGUGAUCAUUGCCCUGUUUCCCUUGAGCUUUCAGCUCCAAGUAUGAAGUCUAACUAAUGCUGACUUUUAUCUGUGCAAGAAGUUGCCAACACCAUUGCCCAUUGGUUCGGUUCUUGUGACUUCAGACUUUCUCCUCAUCGUCAUGGCUUUUCUGGAGGGUGAUGAGUCUCACUUGACGUGUGAGCCCCUCCUCAUGCCUCUUUGCAACGAGGAUCAGCAGCACUGAUCAGACUGAGCAACAUCUUCUUUGGAGGUGGGAGAUGGUCAUUGUCACGUCUCAUCCCUUUUUCUUCCAAUGAAUCUUUUCAUAGGACCUUAUGUAGUGAUCAAAUAUUUUGGACGUAUCGUUGCACACGGCUCCCGGCUCCUGGCUCCCGGCUCCCGGCUCCAGCAUGUGUGAGAUCGGAGGUGAAAACUAAACGGUGUGAAUUUUAAUCACCAUUUGAUAACAUUUUUACUAUUUUUGUGUUUAGAAAUAUCAGAAAUGAUUUUUCACGUUUCUAAGAAUAAAAAUGGAUUUUUUUGCUGUUUCACAAACUUGUUACCCUGAUCGUUCGUACUGGGAUUUACAACAUUGACAAUGGCAUCAAGGAAUACCUUCAAGGAUUUUUUGGUGUUUGAUAAACGAGUGCUCGUCAUGCUUCACAUUUUGUAA